AUGAUUAUUAUUCUUUCCUCCAUUCCCACUCUCCUCCCUCUUUCCCUCCUCCUCCUCCUCCUCCUUGCCGCCACCACAACCGUCACCACCGCCGUCGAAUCCACUAAUCUAAUCAACCAAACAUGCAUGACUUCAUCAAUAAGUGACCCAAACAUCAACUACAACUUCUGCAUCAACGCCUUUCAAACCGCGCCCUCCAGUCUCAACGCUAACCUGACCCGUUUAGGCUUAAUCUCCAUUAACCUUGUUAAACACAAUGUUAAUAGUACAACUUUUUUGGUACAAACCUUGUUAGAGAACAACAAGGUGGAUAAUUGCACGAAAUCUGGAUUGGAAGAUUGCUUACAACUUUACUCGAAUUCGAUGUUUACAAUAAGAGAAGUAGCAAGAGAUUAUAGGGCUAGAAGACUUAAUGGUGCUAAUGUGAAAUUAAGCUCAGUUAUGGAAGCUUCAACUACUUGUGAAGAUGGUUUUAAAGAUGUUGGUGUUGGUUCUCCUUUGACUAAGCAUAAUAAUGAUACCUUUCAAUUAUCUGCUAUUGCACUUAGCAUUAUAUGUAUGCUUUACUAA